AGUUUCACCUGAAUUUGGCCAAAUUUGGGCACUUGGACCCUUUCAAGGGCUGCUGAAGCUAAAAUAGAAAAUGCCUACAAGCAGCAUUAGCUCAUGAAAUGUUGGAUAGAUCUUCAUCAGUCUUUUCUGUUGCAUGAUUAUAAAGUCCUCAAAUUUGUUCAGAUUGACCCCUUUUAGGAACCCCUAGUGCUAAGAAUAUAUCAUAAAUUUAUUAUGAAAAUGAACAGGUCUCUUAGAGUUUCAUACCUUGGUUCAUUAAUAUGACUGUAAUGUGGAUGGUUCAUAUUUUAGAGACAUGCAGCUGAUAAAAUUUGAGGUAUUGUCUCUCCAUCUUGAUGCUAGUACGUGUACAGUGCAUGCUACUAUAUUUUACUUGUUAUAAUUUCAGGAAUGAACGAUUAAGCAAAAUGAUGGGACUGAACCAUAGAACUCAUUCUGUGUGGGUGUCACCAAAUGUCACAAUGCCCAGUAUUAAUACAACACCUGCAGAAGAUGUGCUGAUAAAUGGAUGCGUAAGCAACUUCAGCACUAUUGCUUGCAUUAGGAGUUCUUUGCUGACAUUCCUGGCUGUGAUGACUGCUGUGUUGUGUGUGUUAAAGGUGAUCCGGCUUCAUAAUGCUCACCAUCAGAACUGGCAUCAAUAUUUUAUAUUUUACUGUGCAUCUUUAGAAUGUACUAUAGGAGCUGUACAUUGGGUGCUUUCAUUGUAUGUCCAGUUUGAUUUUGUCCUCCAGUGGUUGAAACUUGCUCAGUUUCUCGUCAUGUGUCAUUUUUACUGGACUCUAGCUACCAGGGCACUACGAAGGGAAGUUUGGACAAAAAAAUUCCUGUUACCAUUCCUAGUCAUUGCCUGUCUAUAUUUCACCACAGUAGCUAUACUUGGCAUUGUUAAUGUGCAGGACACAUUUACAGAAUGCUUUCAACCAUACUGGAUCAUGAUGUCAUCAGCAGAGUUUGUCAUAGUACAGCUGUUCUGUGUGGCAGGAUUCUAUAUCACACGCAGGCUCAAUGAAAUCAGUACAUUAGAUUCAGUGAGGAGGUCACAGAAACGGGAUCUCUGGUGUAUAGUGGUGGUGUUUGAGUUAUCAGCUCUGAUUGGUGUACUAUAUGACAUGACACUCAGGAUUGUUGGUGAUGAGGAAUCUGGUUGCAGUGCAAUAUUUAAACAUAUGCAGGACUUCUUCUCAGUUAUUUACUUUACAUUUAUGGUGUGUAAACUGCUGCUACCUAUCUGGGUGAUGUUGUUUGUGUUUAAACCUACUCCUCAAGCUCUUGUUGAGAAUGAUGAUCUUAUACCAGCUUUAAAUGAUGAUGGGAAUUCUGCCUUCAGCACCAAUACAGAUGAACAGUAUCGUCAACUGUAUCAUCCGGCUGAAAAUUACGAUUCAUUUUCAAACGACUUGCCAGGUGAUUAUUCCCCAUCCUCUGGUUAUAGUACAGCUAGUCCAAGGGGUGUUGCAAAUACUAAGGUGAACGGAGUUGCCAAUAAUAUUUACAAGGCUGCUCAACCGAAUAAUUUGGUUGCUAUAACGGAAGAGGUUGACACAAGUCACCAGGUCCCAAACUCACAGAAAUCAUCUGUGAAAAACAAUAACAAACCUCCACAACAAAGCUCCUCCAGGGUGGAUCAGCAGAGUGUAAAGAGUAAUGUAAACAAUGCUAAUGAUAGACAGGAUUUACAUACGUCUACUGAAACGGAGCAGAAAUCAGGGGCACAGUCUGCAGAAAUACAGAAUGGAGAAAUGAACCAGUCCAAAAGCAGCGAACCAGUCGUAACUACUGGACAGACCCAGGUGAAGGAGCCUGAUAUUUUUAAAACACCACCCACUAAGGUUGUUCCAAAAAGCAAUGGGCCAAAAUUUACUAUAAAUAGUGACGAUUCAGGGGACGAGUCUCCUCCUCCGAAAGGAAAGUUUUAUAUUUGAUUGAGUAUGAAAGUGUUUUUUUCUGGAUACAAUUUUAUUGUUUUUGAUGCCUUUUGCAUUUAGCCAUUAAAAGGAAUGUACAGCUUUAUAAUUUACACAUUUUUACUCGGUAUUUUAACUUUUAGGCUUUUAUAUUGAUAUAUUAAUGCAUCUGUAAGUGAUAGGUAUUGUAUAAAGUUUUUAGUGUGGACAGCUUUUUCGUUUCAGAAAAUCAGUUUGUAGAGACUUGUAUUUAUAGGGUUAUUCCCUAAAACAGGGUUUUAUUAUUUUUAUUAGAAUCUUAUUGGAUAUACACAGAGAUCUAGUGUAAUUUUUAAUGAUGUUGCUUAGUGUAUUGAAAUAAUUGAUGUGAAUAUUUGAUACUUUUUCAUGCUUGAUUUUCAUCCAGUUUUUAGUGUUUGAGCAGUGUGUACGUCUUUCCAUAAUAAAGGAGGUUUUUUUCUUCAGAUUUAAGUGAAUGUUUAGGUGUUUUUCAGUUUUGAAUAUGUUGAGUUUUCCAAAGUUCCAUGUUAACUAUUUUCAUGUUUUUACUAUUUUUAUUAUCAAAUUUAUAUUUUGAACUCUUAAGACCUAGGUUUGUUUUAACAGUUAACUUUAAAGAGGCAUACCAGAUGUAUAUCACAGGAAAGAAUUUAUACAGAAAAAGAUUUAUUGAUUAUCAUAAUGAAUAUUAUAAGUUGAUACUUUAUGUGUAUGAUAUACAUGUAAUUUUAUGUUAAAAACACAUUUUUAAUACUAUAAGAAUAAUACACGUUUUUAUUUAUGUAUUAACGUCUGCAGAAGCCCGCUGGAAUGUUUGUGACGGAGACAAAAGGUCGAGGUAACAAACAUAUCCCAAGGGCUUCUGCUGCAGUUAAUACACAAAACAAAUGCGUUUUGUCGCUGUUCUUGAAUAAAAGAACAUGACACGAUGAUUAAAUUCAUUGUUUUCAUAUGUGAUGACUUAACGAUUCCGGUACAGUUUUCAUAUAAUUUACCAUUCUGUCGUUCUUGGAAAUGGUAAACGUGUUUUAAAUAUCCAUAACCAGGGCCAACAAAUCAACAACACUACCAAAAUCAUGUAUUUGAGGUUUUGAAUGAUGAUUUUUUUAUUUGUCGUUAUUACAAAUAUGACAUUACCCAUAAUUUUGCAUAUGACUUAAAAUUUGGUAAAUAGGAACACAGUCUGAAGAAUAACUUUAAUUAGAAUUAUUUUGAGUUUGGACACAUUUAGAUGAGUAUGAACGUAGUGACAAGCUUUCAAGAUUUAUUUGAGUUCUGCGAGAAAUUAGAUAAUAAACAUACCGACUGAUACUUACCAAAACCAUUAAUAUGAUUCCUAAAAGCAAACAGUCGUGUAAGUUACAUGUGAUUUACAUUCACUGUUAUUGACAACAAUUGAACUGAUGUUCACUUCGUAAAGGGGAGUAAACUCUGGGAGAAGUGAGUACAUAAUUGUUGGCGGCAGUGCGUUUGAUGUUGGUAAUUGAUACAUUAAAACAUACCAUGGAUUACAUUGCAUCUUUUAUGCUACAAAAAGAGGUUAUUAUGGAAGAAACAAGACACAGAUGUCAGUCUGCACAGGAAUACAUAUACAGAUGUAAUCAGGCAAAGCAUUUCAAAAAUAAAAACCAUAUAUUAUCAGAGCGUCAAUUGCCUUGUUUGCACACAAUUUUUCUCCCAUUUAUACAUGGGCGGAUCCAGUAAAAUAAGCAGCUUUUAUGCAAGAUGUAUAAUCAUGACAUUUUGUUGUUUUUACCAAAUGAGAAAGUUUGGUGAGGAUAUGAAUUCCUCAGUUUCAGGUUUUUUUUUGUUUUUUUUAAAUGAAAUCAAUAGAAAUUAUGUUUGUUGUAUUAACACUAUCAUGAAUGACACAAAAAAAUAAGUCACUCAUAGAUAUUAAUGAUUUUGUAGUACUGUAAAAUCAUUUAAUUUCAUGGGCAUGAAUUUUUGUGGGUUUGGUCAAAACGGCAAUUUCGUGAUGAUACGAAUUCAUGGAUUUCAACUUUUGAACAUUAAAUUAAUUGGAAUUUUAUUUUUUUGUUGGGAUAAUUUUUGUGGAUUGACUCAACCAUGAAUCAAUCCAUGAAAAAUUAGUCCCCCACGAAUAUUAAUGAUUUCACAGUAUGUGAAUGAAGAUGAUGAAAGUUGUAUGACAUAUUUGACAGACUGUGAGAUUUUUUCUUAAGUAAAUCGCUUGGAACUACCUGAAUCAUUUUGUUCUACUAUAUUUACGACAUAUUUGACAGGCUGUGUUCUUUUUUAAGUAGAUAGGCUAGAACUCUCUAAACCGCUUUGUUUUACAAUAUUUAAAUUACUAUGAACUGAAAGUCCUUUGGAAAUUUUGAAUGUGAAAAUUGAAAGAAAUGUCUUCCCACAUACUCUUUUAAUAAGUUGGAACAAGAAUGAAUUUGUUUUUAAUUCAUAUGUGAAAGGCAGUAACUGGUUGAUGUAUUAAAUGAAAACUGACUGGAAUAUUUUCUGAGAGAAAUGCAGAGAUAAUUGAUGUAUACUUUUCUGCAUAUGAGUCAUGCCAUGAGAAAACCAACAUAGUGGCUUUGCGACCAGCAUGGAUCCAGACCAGACUGCGCGGAUGCAUGCUGUUCGCUAACAGUAUCUGUAAUUCUAAUAGACUUCAAAGCGAACAGCAUGGAUCCUGACCAGACUGCGCGGAUGCGCAGGCUGGUCUGGAUCCAUGCUGGUCGCAAAGCCACUAUGUUGAUUUUCUCAUGGCACGGCUCAUAUAACUGCAUUCAUUUAGACUAAAGUAUUGAAAGAACCAUAUUUUAAACUUGAUUGAUUGAAGAAUUUUGAGUUGUUUUUUACACAAGGAAAGAUUUCAGAUUUGAGUCGUUACUUGUUGCCUGGUUACAGAGUUCUCAUUUACAAAGUAUGGAUGAUUCAAACCCUAUGUUCAUACUAAACCUGCAUGUGACAGGGUUUUUUCCCUGCAUCUAGAGAUAUUGUGUCCGCUUGUACAAAUUAGACUAUUUUAAUAUUUAUUACAUUUUAUACUCCAGAAAACAUGAGAAAACACUCAGUUUCGUGAUAUCUCAUCUAAAGGCUGCCUUGUAUGAAUUAUCAUCGUAACAUCUUACUGAAUAGUGUCAUUUACCAUUUGUGAUUGCAGUUCUGCAAAUAUUGGUAAAUGGUGGUUGAUAUUAUUAUUGAUAAUUCAUUUAUUGAUGUCUCAUUUAGCUGCAUUUACCAUGAAACUGAGGAUGAUUACAAGAGCAUGCUUGGAUUAAAGAAGCUAUUUUAUCAGCUUAGUUUGAUAUUAAAAUUGUUUUGUUCUUUUACAUUUGUAUCCAUUAUUUCUUAUGUUAACCUUAACGCUGCUAAAUUUCUAAAAUGGACUGGUCCAUCAUUCAGUUUGGGCAGUACCACCUCCUAUUCAAAGGGGUGUUCACUGAAAAUUUACUGACUGAAUUGCGAACAGUGCAGACCAUGAUCUUUUGGUCUGUACUGGUCGCAAAGGCGGAAUCACUUGCUGCCAGAUGGCUAAAGGUUAAUUGCAAUAUAUAUGGAUUUUCUUAACUGGUGCAUAUAUGAGUUUAUAUUGCCAUAUCACCAAGAGUUGAAUGUGUAAAUUUGUUCUUCAUUUAAAUCGUAAGAAAUUUGUAUUGUCUUUAUUUGCAGUUCUUGUCAUUUGAUUUUUUGAUCAUUAGUCAGUUUACUUUACUUAUGUUGGUAAAAGACUUUUAUGUUGUGUAUUGUAAACUGUGUUUGAUGACUGUUUUCUUUAUUUGAACCAAAAUUAGUGUUAUAGACGCUUCAUUGCUUUAUAUGCCAAAAUAAUGUUACCUCAGAUAUUUAAAAUCUCAUUUUCUACUUUUUGAUUUCUUAUCAAGAUCACUGAUAGUUUUAAAUACAUUUGUUAUGUACAUGAUGAUAUUGUGCAAGUGUUGGUGGUACAUUUUUUAGCUCGACUAUUCAAAGAAUAGUCUAGCUAUUCUUCUCACCCUGGCGUCGGUGUCGGCGUCGGCGUCACACCUUGGUUAAGUUUUUGCAUGCAAGUACAUACAGCUAUCAUUUAAAGGCAUAUAGCUUUGAAACUUAUUUAUUCUUUUUCUAGGUCAAUUACCAACCUCACUGGGUCAAGUUCCAUAACUCUGACAUGUAUUUUGAACAAAUUAUGCCCCCUUUUUGACUUAGAAAAUUCUGGUUAAAGUUUUACAUGCAAGUUACUAUCUCCAAAACUAAUGCAGAUAUUGAAUUGAAACUUCACAUGUGUCUUCGGGGUUAUAAAACUAGUUGAUAGCAGCAAGUCCCAUAACUCUGACCUUCAUUUUGGCCAAAUUAUGCCCCCUUUUGGACUUAGAAAAUUCUGGUUAAAGUUUUGCGUGCAAGUACAUACAGCUAUUGCUAAAAGGCAUAUAGAUUAGAAACUUAUUUUUUCUUUUUCUAGGUCAAUAACCAACCUCACUGGGUCAAGUCCCAUAACUCUGACAUGUAUUUUGGGCAAAUUAUGCCCCCUUUUAGACUUAGAAAAUUCUGGUUAAGGUUUUCCAUGCAAGUUACUAUCUCCAAAACUGAUGCAGAUUUUGAAUUGAAACUUCACAUGUGUCUUUGGGGUUAUAAAACUAGUUGAAAGCAGCAAGUCCCGUAACUCUGACCUUCAUUUUGGCCAAAUUAUGCCCCCUUUUCGACUUAGAAAAUUCUGGUUAAAGUUUUGCGUGCAAGUACAUACAGCUAUUACUAAAAGGCAUAUAGAUUUGAAACUUAUUUUUUCUUUUUCUAGGUCAAUAACCAACCUCAAUGGGUCAAGUCCCAUAACUCUGACAUGUAUUUUGGGCAAAUUAUGCCCCCUUUUGGACUUAGAAAUUUCUGGUUAGGAUUUUACAUGCAAGUUACUAUCUCCAAAACUAAUGCAGAUUUUGAAUUGAAACUUCACAUGUGUCUUUGGGGUUAUAAAACAAGUUGAUAGCAGCAAGUCCCAUAACUCUGACCUUCAUUUUGGCCAAAUAAUCCCCCUUUUUGGACUUAAAAAUUCUGGUUGAAGUUUUGCGUGCAAGUACAUACAGCUAUUACUAAAAGGCGUAUAGAUUUGAAACUUAUUUUUUCUUUUUCUAGGUCAAUAACCAACCUCACUGUGUCAAGUCCCAUAACUCUGACGUGUAUUUUGGGCAAAUUAUGCCCCCUUUUGGACUUAGAAAAUUCUGGUUAAGGUUUUACAUGCAAGUUACUAUCUGCAAAACUAAUGGAGAUAUUGAAUUGAAACUUCACAUGUGUCUUCGGGGUUAUAAAACUACUUGAUAGCAGCAAGUCCCAUAACUCUGAUAUGCAUUUUGGUCAAAUUUUUCCCCCUUUUGAACUUAAAACUCUUUUGAUAUUUAACAUUUUGGGUAAUAUCUUCCUGCUUCUGGGACAAUAUUUCGAAUAGUCGAGCUUGGCUGUCUUACGACAGCUCUUGUUUCAUGUGGAAUUAUAUCAUUCUUGUUAGGAAGUUAAAAAUUACAUUGUAGGUUUUGUAAAUAAACAGUAUGAGCAAUAUUAUUCAGUUAGAUCUAGACAUAGAAAACAUAUGUACUGUAAAAUCAUUCUAUUUCGUGGGCAUGAAAUUUCGUGGUUUUGGUCAAAAUGGCAAUUUCGUGGGGAAAUGAAUUCGUGGAUUUCAACUUUUGAACAUAAAUGUAUGGAAACUUUACUUGCGUGUUGGGAUUAAAUUUCAUGGAUUAACUCAAACAUAAAAUCCACGAAAAUAAGUCCCCCACGAAUAUUAAUGAUUUCACAGUAAUCUGUAAAAUGGAUAGAAAAAAAUCCCACUUAGUCAGAAACACGAGUGAGACAGUAAGAUUUUAUGUAUAUAAUGUAACAGGAAUCAAAAUCUGUAUUAUUUUUUUUAUUAUUAAAUAUUUGUGUUUUAUCAGAGUGACAUAAAAUCCGUAUCAGUGACUACACAAAGUGAUACAGCUUUGUCAAUCUAUAUGUUCAUUGUGAGCCCGCCCGCUUAGCUCAAUAGGGAGAGCACAGAUCUACGGAUCUUGGGGUUGUGAGUUUGAUUCACGGGCAGGACGUAUGUUCUCUGUGACGACUUGAUAAAAGACAUUGUGUCUGAUGUCAUUCAUCCUUCGCCUCUGAUUCAUGUUGGGAAAUUGGCAGUUACUUGCGGAGAACAGGUUUGUACUGGUACAGAAUCCAGGAACACUGGUUAGGUUAACUGCCCGCCGUUAUAUAACUGAAAUACUGUUAAAAAAUGGCGUUAAACCCUAAACAAACAUAUAUGUACCUUGUGUAUUAAUUUCUAGUUUUUAGGGCAGAACAGACUAACUGUGCUUUAUAGAAUAUUUGUUGAUUUAUUUUGUUUCCAGUAACGUUAUUUGACAAGAAUUUUAUAAUGUUAUGCUGUUAAAAUAAAAAAUAAAAUGUG